CUUUUGAUGGAUGGGUGUUACUGGAGCUUUCGAUUGGAUGGGAGUAUCUUUUCCAUUUGACUUUCUUUACUUUGGAUGUGUUAGCGGUUGUUGAUCUUGGAAUUUAUAUCUGUAAGUAUAAUAGGGCUAGUAUUUUGUUUGCCAUCUUGGCAUGGCUGGCAACAGCAGUCGAAAAUGUGGCUCUGAGUCUCUACUGCUAUAAGGCACCUAGGGCAAAUGUUAUCAAUAUAGGUGCUUGGAUAUUGAUUGUGUAA